AUGGCGACAGGGUUGGGCGUCGUCGCGGGCGAAUGGCUACUGGGUUGACCUAUUGAGAGCUUAGGGGCGUAGGGCUUCGUGUCGACGCGUCGUUGGCGCCCAGUGGAGGCGGAUCUGGGCAUAGGCAGGAGGCGAGAUGUGUCGUCGCCGGUGGAGGUUGAGGCGCAAUCGCACUCAGGGGCGCAGUCGCCGGUGGAGGGCCUGGAGGCUUGGUCGUUGUCGCCGAUGGAGGCUGGGGCCCAAUUGCGAGUCGUGAAAUGAGGGUCAGCUCACGAUGCUAGGUCAAGCCAUCAAGUUUGCGAGUUACCCGGUUCGACCCGCGGAUUUUUGGGUCAACCUAAACCCGACUUGUUUUUCAUAUGGGUUAAAAAUCUGAAUUCGAAGCCGACCCAUUUUACAAACGGGUUGAUCUGAACCCAGAUUUUUCCGAGUUUGUUCCGGGUCGGGUCAUGUCAACUUUCGACGCUCCUAAUAAAAUUAGUCAUGGUCGUCUUCUUCUUCAAAGCCUACCCUGGUCCAUAAACGCGGUGAUAAGUCUUUGGCUGAAUACAAUUAACCAGUAUAGUCUUUUCGGUGGAAUAGUCAAGUUCAGAAGUUGUAAUUAAUGAAUUAAAUACUGUUUAAAAACCGCAUUUGCAAGAUGGGCUAUGUUGCUGUUCCCAAUUCACCCCUUUUUGCAAUGCGUUGGUUUCAUCUUCUCAUGCUUGGGAUCUUCCCAGUUGCUUAUGCCCUCUCCAAUGACUGCCCUUCCUCCAUGUGUGGAGAUAUGGAGAUCAAAUUCCCUUUUACUCUUCAAAGCAGCUCCAAUAGUUGCAGGACAGCAGGAGUGAGUGCGAAUCUGUCCUGUUCUUUCACCAACGAGACAAUUAUCACCCUCCCCUCUUCAGAAUCUUACAGAGUAACAUCUAUUGGCUAUAACGAUUUUUGGUUUAUUGAACUUCUUAUAUCAACAUCUUCGAUUAAUUGCCCAUGGCCACGGAGAAAAGGUAUCCGAAAACUGCCUAACGUCAACGGCUCUGUUUUUGAUGUAGCUACAUCAUUUUUUGUUCUAGUGAACUGCACAACCAAGAUAAGCUUGCAAGCUGACAAUGAUGGAGUAGUUGGGCCAAUCUCUUGCCUAAGUGAACUAGGUUCUUUUGUUUAUGCUAUGAAUGUAUAUGCCAGAAUAGACAUACUUCCUCCAUGCAUCAUAAUAUAUUCUGGUGAAAUUCUUUCUGAUUUUCUUGGUCAACCGAUACAAGCUAUAACGCAGAAGAGCUUGCAAGGACAAACGGCUUAUUUGUAUACGAAGUUAGAUGAGAAUAUUAAGGACUGUUCUUUAUGUCCAGAUGAAGGGAAAAAAUGUGGAUAUAAUAUCAGAAUGGAUAAAACAUUUUGUUUUCCCGAAGAUUCUCAUGGCAUUGCCAUUGGUACAUCUCUUGUGGUUUUUCUAAUUGCAGUUGUUGUGGUUCUCUACUUUUUCAAAAAACAUAUCAAAGAAAAACAGAAGCGCAUAAAGGUGGAAAAGUUCCUUGCAACCUACAAAUCUACAACACUAACUCGAUACAAUUUCUCUAAUAUUAAGAAAAUAACAAAGAAAUUUAAGCAUAAACUGGGCCAAGGAGGAUUUGGAAGUGUCUACAAAGGUGAACUGACUAAUGGAGUUCCUGUGGCAGUUAAAUUGCUAGAAGCAUCAAAAUCCAAUGGAGAUGAUUUUGUCAACGAAGUAGCCACUAUAGGAAAAAUUCACCAUGUCAAUGUAGUUCGACUCUUUGGAUUUUGUUCAGAUGGAACUAACAGAGCCCUAGUGUAUGAGUUCAUGCCAAAUAAUUCUUUAGAAAAGUUUAUUUUCUUUGGGGAAUCAAAGAAGAGACAUGAAUUUUUUAAUAUGGAGAAGUUGCAUGAGAUUGCAAUUGGGAUUGCCCAAGGAAUCAAUUAUUUGCACCAAGGGUGCAAUCAAAGAAUUGUUCACUUUGACAUCAAACCCCAUAAUAUUUUGUUAGAUUAUGACUUCAAUCCAAAAAUUUCAGAUUUUGGAUUGGCCAAGCUAUGCUCUAGAGAUCAAAGCAUUGUGACAAUAAGUGCUGCAAGAGGCACAAUGGGAUACAUAGCACCAGAGGUCUACUCUAGAAACUUUGGACUUGUCUCUCAUAAAUCUGAUGUAUAUAGUUAUGGAAUGCUUCUAUUAGAAAUGAUCGGAAGGAGAAAAAAUAUUGAUCCUACAAUUGAGAACAUCACUGAAAUUUAUUUUCCAGAGGGGAUAUAUAACAAGUUGGUCCAUAGUAAUAACUUGGGAUUAGCUUUGGAAAUUGAGGGAAAUGAAGAAAUUAUGAAAAGGCUUGCCAUAAUAGCACUUUGGUGCAUACAGUGGAAUCCUGCAGAACGUCCAUCAAUGAGAAAAGUUAUUCAAAUGCUCACAACGAUCUUUCAGAGCUUGGAGAUGCCCCCAACACCAUUUGUUCCUUCUUCUGAUUAAUCAGACAAUGUUUAUGUCUCAAGCAAUCAUGAAGAAAAUUUGGAGGUCCACAUCUCAAGCAAUUAUGAGGAAAUUUUGAAGGAUUGAUUAAUUAGUUUCAAAUUUUGGUGUAUUCAAUCCAUCUUUGUUGUUAUUAUAAUUAUUUGUUACUAAAUGUGUUUUAAAACAUUUUA